CGUCGACGACGACGAUGACGAUCGUAUAUAGCCACAUAUAAUAACGAUGAAUGUACAUCGAGUUGGGAUUCGAUCGAUGCGUAUAUUACGAUUUUACGAAUCGCCUUGCUUCGACACGGAAGCUCGCUCGCUUAUCGCGCGGCUUAUCGCGUAUUAUCGAUGCAUUUGACGAUGUGGCGAACGUGUUAUCCAAUGAUAACGGAAUUCAUCGUUGGUCGCGAGCGUGGAGCUGCGGGACGAGCUCGUUUAUCAUCGGCAACUCGGAGAGUGUCUUUGCCGCCACCUUGAUUCGAUCGAUCGAAUUGAUUUUUAAACGUCAUCGUUAGAACACGAUGCUUUCGUCCGACCAAAAGUAAACACAAACGAAUCAAAAAUUUCCGAGAACAUAUUGCGCGUACCUGCUCUACCUUGCUCCGAUCACGAGGUAAACUCGUUGACCCGCCUGAUCCGAUUUGGCUCCGGUGCUACACUCUGGCGACGCCGUUCUGCAAUUACCGAGCCGAAAACAAGCAUGCCGCACGCGUGUGUUGUGUGGCGGCGCUGCGAGUCGGAAAAACUGCGUGUGGCUCGUUGCAGAAACGAGCGGCGUGUGAUUUUGCCACGCGGGUUAGUGUCUAACCAUUUCGAUCAAAAUGGGUCGACGACCAGCGAGAUGUUAUCGCUAUUGCAAAAACAAACCUUACCCAAAAUCACGUUUCUGUCGUGGUGUGCCAGAUCCUAAGAUCCGCAUCUUUGAUUUGGGAAAGAAAAAAGCCUCUGUAGAAGAUUUCCCUCUUUGUGUCCACUUGGUAUCAGAUGAAUAUGAACAACUCAGUUCAGAAGCUCUGGAAGCUGGACGUAUUUGCUGCAACAAAUACUUGGUCAAAAACUCUGGCAAGGACCAGUUCCACAUUAGAAUGAGAGUGCAUCCUUUCCACGUAAUCCGCAUAAACAAAAUGUUGUCAUGCGCCGGAGCUGAUAGGCUUCAAACUGGAAUGAGAGGUGCAUUUGGUAAACCCCAAGGUACUGUAGCCCGUGUCAAUAUUGGACAACCUAUUAUGUCAGUCAGAUCUACAGACAGACAUAAGGCGUCAGUUAUUGAAGCUUUGCGUCGUGCCAAGUUCAAGUUCCCAGGUCGUCAAAAGAUCUAUGUCUCCAAAAAGUGGGGUUUCACCCGCUACAAUCGUGCUGAAUACGAAGCCCUAAAGGCAGCUGGACGAUUGGCACCUGAUGGUUGCAAUGUAAAAUAUUUGCCAGAGCAUGGACCUCUGGACCAAUGGAAAAAGUACAGAGAAAUGCUUGGUUAA